CCUCCUCCUCCUCCUCCUCCUCCUCCUGCAACACCUGGAGGAGUGGAGCGGACCGGGAGAGAGCUGUGUGUCUCUGCGCCUUUAAGGCUGCAUGUGGUCCACAUCUCUGCUGCUCCCAUGGCAGGCUGUGGAGGUGCACGCUUUCAAAGUUUGACUGGGGAAUAGAGAGAGAGAGGUAACACUGGAGACGGAGGCAGCGUCGCCCCGCCGGGGAACACACACACACCCCACACACACACUCACUCACACACUCACACACACACACACACACACACACCAAAGGCAAAUCUUCAUCACCACCAUCUGAGGAGCGCAGAGGACAAGGAGCGCAGCUCGACUCCGGCGAUAAGAAACAAUGCUAACAGAUGACUGAGCGGAUUCUCGAUCUCUAAAUGGGAAACACAAGAAGGUGAAUGUAGCACAGUGUUUGAUGAAAGGAGGGACCCCCGGCUGCAGCUCCACCAGCUCCAGCUCCAGCUCCACCGGCCCCCCCUCACUCUCAGCCAUGCCGCUUGUGUUCCGCUCGCUGCUGUUCGGCUUCGUAACGCUGCUGGUUGUGGUUCUGAUCAUAGAUGAUAUUGCAGAAGUGGAGGAAGAAACUGCAAAUAAUGGACAUUCGAAGAAGACGGCCUUGCAUCAACUCAUCCCGAAACCGCACAGAAAGGCUGCUGCUCAUGCGGAUCCAACCGCUUCAACGAGACUGAGCAAAGGCAUGAAACGCCUCGGCCCGAGCUACAACAACACUGCCAAGCUCUCCUCAAACAACUGGACCUUCAACAAGACCCUCUCCAACCUCAUCAGGAAGAAUAUUCUCAGAUUUCUUGAUCCGGAGAGAGACAUCUCUAUCCUGAAGGGCACGCUGAAGCCGGGAGAUAUCAUCCACUAUGUGUUUGAUCGUCACAGCACCACCAACAUCUCUGAGAAUCUCUACCGUCUCCUGCCAACUGUGUCCCCCAUGAAGAACCAACACCACAGGCGCUGUGCCAUUGUGGGAAACUCCGGGAUCCUGCUGAACAGCAGCUGUGGCCCCGAGAUCGACUCCCACGACUUUGUUAUCAGGUGUAACCUGGCACCAGUGGAGGACUACUAUCGUGACGUGGGCUGGCGGACCAACUUGGUGACCAUGAACCCUUCGGUGGUACAGCGGGCCUUCCAGGACCUGGUGAGCGAGGAGUGGAGGGAUCGCUUCUUGCAGCGUCUUCAAAGCCUCAGCGGUAGUGUGCUGUGGAUUCCAGCCUUCAUGGCCAAGGGGGGAGAGGAGCGCGUGGAAUGGGCCCUCCGCCUCAUCCUGCUGCACACUGUGGACGUACGCACCGCCUUCCCCUCACUGCGGCUUCUCCACGCUGUCAGAGGGUAUUGGCUGACCAACAAUGUCCACAUCAAGCGCCCGACCACCGGCCUCCUCAUGUACACGAUGGCCACCCGCUUCUGCGAGGAGAUCCACCUGUACGGCUUCUGGCCCUUCCCGCUCGACCCGCACGGCAAACCGGUCAAGUACCACUACUACGACACUCUGAAGUACGAGUACACGUCCAGCUCCAGUCCUCACACCAUGCCUCUGGAGUUCAGGACCCUGAGCACGUUGCACAGACAGGGGGCGCUCCGGCUCCACACCGGGACCUGCGAUGCCGAGAGGACACCACAGACGGAGCUCCAGAGCAAAUAGCCCGAACUGGAGGGGGUGAUCUCCAUGGAAACCACUGAGCAGACUCUGCACGGACAGUUUUUUUCUUGUUACUCUUCUAAUGAAACUUGAAUUAACUUAUUUUCACUGAUUGGAAUGAACUUUUUUUUUUUUCUAUUUCGGGCUCCUUUAGCGACUCGUUCCACUGGUGUGUUUUAACUUUUAACGAGAUUUCUAUGGUAACCUUAAAAAGCAAAUAGUGAGACUCAUCUAGAUCCUGUCACGUCCAUCUGUUGGCCCCCCCGUUUCUACUCAAAGAGCUGAGUUUAUGCUCUCUCACACUCCACCAGGGUCUCCAGUAGGGUUUACAAGUGGAGCAUUCAGAACACAUAUUUGUUUUUAUUUUCAAUUAAUGAGACGACAUAAAUUAAUAUUCCCCACCUCACGGCAGGAAAAGGGCUCCGUUAAUGUCAUUUUAAUUUACCCAGCAUGUCGAGGCAUGAAGAGCUGCUGAAUUAAUGGCUGCUGUGAGUCACUGUUUAGGCCACAAGAUGGAAGCACUUAAUAAUCAGGGAGAUGGGCGAUGAAAGAAAAAAUGUAGGUCAGAUGUUAAAAUGAGUUUUUAAUACGAUCAACCCGUUUGAUUGUGAGGUUUUUGGUACGAUGCUCGACCUGCGAUGACACAUUUCCCUUCCGAUAGAGAACGUUUUCUGCUUUUGUAGCUCAUUUAUAAAGCACCUUCACUGCUGUUCAGUAAAAAACAAAACAAAACAGGUGAUUCACAAGCAAAAAUUCACAGAGAAGUGCCACGUGAUGAGGUCAGGUCACCUUGAGUGGAAGCACUGUUGAAUUGUACCCAGCCUCGGUGAGGAUAAAGGAGUGUACCAGCUGUUCACAUAAGAAUGUUUACACCGACUCCGCCGACAGUAAACUCACUCUGCUGACUCAAAGAGCACCAGCCCUGUUUUCUGCACAGACCGUGGUUACGUAGCGGUAGAUAGAAGCUUCUUAAUGUUUACUGAAUGUACCGGUGAUAUUCUUACAGGGUCUGUGAGAAAUGAGUCCCCCCAUGUGCUUUAAAGUGAUUCCUCGUCACCGUUGACAACAGCUUUGAUUGUACUGAAGCGGAUGACUUUGUUGCCUUUAUGUACUCGUGUAGGUUGAUGCAGAUAUUUAUAGAUUUGAUUGAAGCUGCCAGUGUUUUGUGCCUAAUAAUAAACAAUACAUUUAAAAAAAAAAAAAAAAAAAAAAAAAAUGGACCUCUUACAUGCCAAGAUGUGAUACAUGUUCAGGGUUUUAUCCAAGUUUUUCCCUCACAGGAUGAGGAAAAUAAAACAUGACACGAUUGUUUCAAAAGUGAGACUCACUUCUGUGCUCAAAAAACUGAUUUGCCUCAAACGAUGAAGUACUUUGAUCACAUCUACAUCACACACAUUUUCAGUGUCAAAUGACAUGCAAAGGGUUUUCUGUCAUGUUCAGCCAAUGUUUAUAAGUUAAAGAAGCAGAUGUGUGACUGAUCACUGGAGACAGAAUAACACAUCUAUGUAUGAAAUUUAUAUCAAUAAUAAGCACGUGAAUACCAAGUUGUUUAGUUUGUUCACAUUGACACGAUGUUAUAGAAGGAAUUAUCAUUGAAUGUGAAAUUUUCCAUUUGAACCUAAUUAAAAUACUGGAAGUCAACGUUUAAGGCAAAUCAUUUCUUGAAUGUGGAUGAACUACAAUACUUAGAAAAUGUGUAAAAGAAAAAAAAAAGAUUUUACUCAAGUUUUGUCAGAGAAUAAACUCAUUAUUAUGUUGUUUUCUUAAACAAUUUGUCAAACCGAAACAUCAGCUUACAUCAGGUGCACUAUGUAGUUUUAGGAGAUAAAUUUAAAAACUCAGAAAAUGAGGUAGUAAUACACACUCAGAGGUAUUUUGUAUUUCCAUAACUGACUAAACAAGCUGUUCUCAGAGGAAAAUCAGGUCCCCAGAACACUAUCUGAAGCUAGAAAGCGUGGCAGGGUCCGCCACAUAUAAACAAAGUAAAGCAGUAUGAAAUUGUGUUAUCAGUUUGUUUAUUCGGUUUACUCCAUCAUGAAAGCAGAGACAGUUUGAUUAUUCGGUUUAUCCAAGCGUGGAAAAUCAAUCAGUUAAGAUUCUCCUCCUCCAAUUAAAGUUUGUUCCCAAGAACUACCCAGUGCACCUUCAGUGAUAGUCUGGAUUGUAUCUUUUGUACUGCCAAGCUCCAACUCGGUGAAAGUCUUGCGUAGAGUUUUUUUCAGUUUGGUGUUUUUUAACUUGAUCCCUCUAUAAAAAAAAAAAGUAAAAAAAUCAACUGAAGUAUUUGAAAUAUUCAAAGAGGCUCCCGCGGCUAAACAAGCGACCUCUCAUGUGCUUCCACUCAUUCGUUCAUUAAAGUGUUGUUUUGACAGAAUGCGCCUGUUGACUUGCGUGUAGCACUACGCUGCCUGUUAAGAAUAAACAUGAAAGUUGUACCAGAGACGUCA